GCAAAACCUAAACUUUAGGAACAAACCUCUCCUGACCUAAACAAUCUAUGUAUGAACUCCAAACAGACGUAGAUUGAUGUGAUCGGAAAUGGUCGUAUUUUUUGCUUAUGGGGCGAGAACCUUAGGAAAAAAGGCGUGUACCUAAUAUCAACGUUGGUCCGAAGCGAGGUGUAAAGAUUAACUCUGCUGAACCAAAUCUCAAUAAUAAUGUGUAGCAAUAAUUUUUCUGAGAGUGAUUUAUUUCACAUGGCUAAUUGUUUUGUGGCUAUCGAACGAAUGUCUCCAGAAUUUAUUGCAACAAAAUUAUUUAAUAUUCCUCCAUGCUUUGUUUCGCUGAAAAGAUUAGCCUCAGAGGAGAUAAGGCGAAUAGUGCAAACCAAAGUAUUUAGCAACAAUUCCAAAACUUUAGCAGCUGAAAGGAAGUCCACAUUUGCACCACAGCUGAAAAAAAAGAGAAGAAAAUGGGCCAAAUGUUAUACAUUUGGUAAGAAAAGGAGGCCACAAUAUAAUCAAAUCAAAAUUAUGGCUUCUAAGGAUUCUUUCUGUGAUGAAAAAAUAUUCGACACUCCCGAGUAUCCUUCUGUUUCUAAUGUCUCUUGUGACAAGCAAUAUCAAUCUGCUAGUACUAAAGCUAGUACAGGUACUAAUAUAACUAGUAUGACCACUGAAAGCUCUGACAAUGAUGAGGUGAUAAAGAGGAAAUUCGAAUUACAAUAUGGUCUAAUUAUACCAGAAUGCUAUGUUAAAUUAGAUGUACUAAGGCCUGAGAGAGAACAAUUCCUUUCUCAUUAUACACAAACCAGAUCAGGUUGUCAGUAUGAGAAAACCAUAUGUAAAAAAUUUGUAAAACGAACUAGACCGGUAGCAAUGAAAAAAGAAACCACACAUGUAAAAGCUGUAAAAAGGAAGAGAAGAAAGUGGUCCAAAACAUAUUUACCACAAAAGAAAAAACGUAAUCAAACCAAAAAGGCUUUGCUUCAAUGUAAAACCGACCUUAUGGCUUCCGAGGACAAUGAUAUUAAAAUGGAAAUAUUUAGUGAGAAUUCUGUACGCAGUAGUAAUGCAGAAUGUGUUAACAAAUGUACCAAAGAAUGUGAAUUGAAGAAUAAAUCUGAAGUUGUCAAUAAGGAUGAGUGCGUUAAGAAAUGUGAAGAACUCUGCAAGGACUCAGAAAAUGUUGAAAGAAAUAUUAGUGAAUUUAACAGCAAUACUGAGUUCAUCUUUAAUGUAAAUUCCUCUGGCAAGACAGGUUUUACACAAUUGAAGAAAGAAUCAGUACUUAAUGACCCUAUCGAUCAGUACACUAAAAGUGUACAUGACGAUGUUAGUUCGUGCCAUGAUGUGAACUCAAAUAUUGGUGAAAGUGAUAUUAGUGAUAUUGAAAACAAUACUGCGCUAAUUUGUAAUGGAAAUUCCAUUUGCAAAAUGGAUCCUACUGGAAAUGACAUUGAUUUGGAAGAUCCAAGUUACGAUCAUUCUGAUCAAACCAGCUGUGACGAUGAUAAUCAGGUAGAAACAGCUAUUGAUGAACCAGACAGAAAUGUUGAAUAUGUUAAAAAUACCGAAGAAUUUGUCACUGAUAUUAAAAUGGAAAUAUUUAGUGAGACACACAUCAGUGAUGCACAAUGUGCUACUAAAUCUACCAAAGAUUAUCAGAAAUUAAAAAUUCAAUCUGAAGUUGUUGGCCUUAUAGAUGAGUGCAUUAAUAAAUGUGAAGAAUUGUGCAAGACUGUGAAUUCAAAAAAUGUUGAAAGUGACAAUAUUAGUGAUUUAGACAUCAAGACUGAAUUAAUUUGUAAUGGAAAUUUCUCUUGCGAUACAGCUUCUACACAGGUACUGAAGAAAGAGCCAGAAGUUAUUGACCUUAUGGAUGAGUGCGUUAAUACAUGUGAAGAAUUUAAUUCCUACCAAAUCAUGGAUUCAAAAACUGUUGACAGCGAUAUUGGUGAAUUUGACAGCAAUACCGAGUUAGUUUGUAAUGGAAAUUCCGUUUGCAAUACAGAUUCAAUUCCGGAAUCGAAGAAAAAGUCAGAAGAUAUUGACCUUAUGAAUGAAUGUGUUAAUACAUGUGAAGAAUUUAGUUCGUACCAAAUCAUGGGCUCAAAAAACGUUGAUAAUGAUGAUAUCAGUGAUUUAGACAGCAAUGCUGUGUCAAUUUGUAAUGGAAAUUCCUGUCGCCAAACAGAUUCUUCAGUCUCACCUCAUUUAGAAACAUUUAAUGUGUUAAGUGAAAAUUUCAAUGAAGAAAAUUCUCAAUGUCUAAAGGAUCAAAAUAGUGCGGAAAAUGAGACACAAAUGUUGUUCAAUACUUCUGAGUAUGCUACCACUGAAGAUGAAUAUCCAUAUUCAAAACAAUAUCAACCUGGUUUUGGUGCAGAAAAAAAUGAUGAUAAUGACUACUAUUCAAGUGAUAAUAUUUGUUUAAUAAAUGUUCAAGAUAAUGAAGCAAUAGAAACUAGUUUGGAAACUCUCAUUAAAUAUAAUGUUGGAUGUUGUGAUCAAAAUAGUUCAUCGUUUUUAAAGAACUCAGAAAAUGGGACACAUGCAUUGCCCAGUACUGAAGAUUAUUCUAAUAAUUUUCUAUUAACAACUUACGAUGAAUGCUCAAACAACACCCAAAUGGAAAUUGAUGAAAAGGAAAAAUUAAGAAUAGAUGACAUAAAUGUUAUGUUUUCAAUGGGGCAGUAUUCCAACUAUAACAAAAGCAUUGAACAGCAAGGUAUUGACAUGUCACCAUUCUUGUCAUCGAAAAAUGACACUGAUGUCAAAUGUUUACAUACUGGCAAUGGGGAAACAUCCACACACCAACAUUCAGUGUGUCAGGACAGAAUAUCACAACCUGAAGAAAGCUUAGUUACCAAAAAUGAUAAUCAAGAGAUUCAAGAUCAGUUAGAAGGUUUUAAUAAAUCCACUGAAUAUGAUUACCAAGUGAAUUGUGUCUCUACUCUCAACUCUACUCUUCCAUUCGUUGAUGACAUUCCACUAGGAACGAUUCCUAACUUUCAAAAUUCAGACUGUAUUUCAUUAAAAAGGUCUAUUUUCCCAGCGGCGUCGAUGUGUUGUGAUUGUACUUCGAUACUUAAUUUUCAAGGCAACGAUGAGUAUGCUUGCCGAUUUAUUACGUUCAGGAAGUUUUUUUAUUACAACAACACCACAGCUUGUACAUUUUUUGGCUGUAAUGAUGAAAUAAAUAAGGAAGAAUUGGAUCUUCUAACUAAUGUGCCAUUACAAAAGAAAUCUAUAAGUUUCUAUGAGACAUUCCACAAAGGAAAAUAUAUAUUGCCUAAGUUUCUAGCCCUAUUGCAAGAGGAAGUUGAUCUAACUUUUGGUUUGCAGCCAAAAUAUCUCAGAAAGUUCACUGGAAACUAUAGAGAUCUUUGUGAUUCUUGCUCUACGACUGUCUUCAAUAGGCAUUGGGUGUGCAAAUAUUGUGCCUUUGUCGUUUGUUUACAUUGUUUCAAGGACUUUAAAUUAUGCCAAGAAAAUAAUAGAAGGUUUAAAUGCCAUUGGGACGUUUGUUCAGUCGGUGUUAUUCAUACUGUUAAAUUCUUUGUGCUAUGUGAAGUUAUUCCUCGAGCGUAUUUAAAUAAUUUAGAAGCCCGUUCAAAAUUAAUUAUGCCUUUGCUCUCUGGUAAAUCCAUUGAUUACUUCAAACUGUUCAGAAAUGUAAAUAACAUGUUCGGAGAAUGUUCUAAACCUGAUGUAAAUUUAUUACCAUUCACCGGCGGCAAUGUCGAGGCAGAAUUCAAAGCUGAGGACGUGACACCGGCAGACCUUGAAAUUGAUGAAGCCGAACUAAAUUUGAGUGGAGUUCCCUAUUCAUUGAUGUGCAACAAAAGAAUAAUACGACUCGAAGACCCUUCCCACCCCGGAAAUAAUAAAAUAUUCCAGAAAUAUUGGCGACUGGGGCUACCGAUUGUGUUCUCAGGUUUGGAAAAAAAGCUGAAAAAUAAUUUAUGGAAGCCAUCUACAUUCCUUAAAGAGAGUGCAGAAGAUGAUACGGUUGAGGUAAUAGACAGCCGCACUGGAAAAGCAUUCACACGAAAUGUAAAAAAAUUUUGGAAUGGAUUUUCAAACGAGCAAAAGAAAGAAAUAGAUGAAAAUGGACUCCCAUAUUCAUUUAAACUAAAAGAUUACCCUAGUACAUCUGAUCUGAAGGAUGUUUUCCCCAGAAGGUAUGCGGAUUUUGCUGAAAAUGCACCUAUGACUGCAUUUACACACAGACAUGGGAAUCUCAAUCUAGCCGACCACCUUCCUCCUGCUUAUGUACGACCAGAUUUGGGCCCAAAAUUAUAUGUAGCCUAUAGCACUCUAAAUAAGCUUAACAAAGAACACUCUUCCACAAAUUUACAUCUAGACCUUACUGAUGCUGUAAACAUAAUGACAUUUGCUAAGAGUAAAAGGAGCCAAAAAGAUUUUUCGAUAAUUCUGCACGAACUCGAAAAAUUAGAGGCUAUGGACGAUUACAUUAAAAGGGCUGAAUCAAUCCUAGCACAAGGGAAAAUAAAUAGUUUCAACGCUCACAAUUUAGGUGCCAUUUGGCAUAUAUUCCAUGCUAAGGAUACCCAGAAAAUUCGAGAACUUCUUAUAAAAGUUUCACAUGAAAGAAACAAACCAAUACUUCAAAGUCAAGAUCCAAUUCAUGAUCAAACUUGGUAUAUUGAUUAUGAGCUAAGGAAACGGUUAAAGGAAGAAUAUGGUGUGAUCGGUUACAAUAUUCUACAAUAUGUUGGUGAUGCUGUAUUUAUUCCAGCCGGUGCCACACACCAGGUGCGGAAUCUCAGGGACAGUAUUAAAAUCGCAUGUGAUUUUUUCUCUCCAGAAAAUGUACAUUCUACUAUAUCAUUAAUUGAUGAAUUUAGAAAUGUAGCAUUAGGCCAGAGUGGACAUGAAGAUAAGCUUCAAGUAAAGAAUACAUUAUUCCACACAGCAAAAGACUGCUUAUACGUAUUGGAGAAAGAAAUACUAAAAAUCUCCAAUGACUGUGAGACAAAUAAAUCUCAGCCAUAAAUAAGUAUUGACUAAAUAUCAACGGAGUCAGUAUUAUCUAAUGUUUAAGAAAUCAAAAAUGAGAUUGGCACUGAUAAAAUGUAUUUAUUUUAUGGAAAUUCAGUGUUAAAUGUUCUUUUAUCUUUAACUUCCACAAUUGAAAUAAUAAUAAUAUUAAUAAUAAUAAAAAGAAGAUAAACAGAAACUGUCAAUUAUUUAAAUUAUGAAAAGCAUUGUACAAACUAUUUAGAUUGUGAAACAAACAUUUGGUUUUCAAUGUGUACUCAGCUUUCUAAAUCAAUUCAAUAUAUAAAGAUUAAAGAUGUUUGUUAUUAAUUUUUCAAUCAGCAAAAAAUAAAUUGUUCUAUUACCUUUUUAUUUGUGAUGAUAGCCAACAAUACAAUUUAUGCAGUUACCAACAAUAUGACAUAAGGCAUCAUAAAAUAAGCCAUUAGCAUAAUUUGAGCCUGGUUGUGAUCACAUUGUUGACUGUCUGCCCUGUUUUUUUUCCGUAAGAGAAGUGUAUAUGUGAGAGAAAAUAAGAGAGGGAGAAAACUGUUUGUUUUUAUAUAUAAACUUAAGGUAGGCACUGAAUUUAAGAUUCAUAAUAAAGUUACCAGGGUUUCUAGUUUUAUAAAAUGUAUCAAAAGAUAUGUAAGGAACCUUAAACUAGUUCCUCUUACUUGAGUAUAUUAGUCAUUGUCAUUAAGUUUUUAUUUUGUGUGCCUUUAAUUAUCAUAGAGUUUACAAUCUCAAGUUUAUACAAUUGAUUUUUAAAUAAAAUGGUUUAUUAAAUGUUUUAAGUCAAUAAAGUAAUAUUUUGUGA